AUGGAAAAACCACUCAGUUGGGUCCUUAUUGAUAGGACUUGCCCGGAAUUCCAACUAAAUGCGUGGGAUUUCGUAUUCGCUAUCGUCGCAUUCAUUGGAGUGAUCUUCACCAUUAUUCAAUUAGGACAGAUAGCACAGUUGCAGAAGAAGAAGGAAAACGAAAGUAGAUUGAUCGGCAUGUUGGCCCUAUGCGACUUUAUGAUUUGUUUCGUUUAUAUCAUGACCUACUUCCCGACAAGUGUUAUUUUUUACUUUCGCAGCAACGUACUAUCCGAUGUCCCAUUUUGUGAUAUUGCUCCUUGCCCAUUCUUGUUUGAGAUUGAAGCUUUGAAAAUCAUUCAAUUGUAUGUCGUUCCUGGAAUUGAUGCGUUUGUCUGUGUUGCAACUUUGAUUUUCGCUCUUCUCACGAUCAUUCGUGUAUCAAAAGUUGGAGAAGGAGAAGAGCUAGUUGUUCAGAAAAACACGAACCGCAUCAAACGCUGCAUCAUGUGCAUUCUCGUUAUCUACGCCACAUUCAUAAUCCGUACAGUGUGCUAUUACAUUUUCAUCAAUCACCAAACUUCUGACUUGUUCCAGAAAACGCCAAGCGCCCAAAAUCGAUCCAGAUACAUCCUUUAUUACGCUUUCUGCCGGAACCAAAUAGUCACCGAGUACCCGCCAACUGCACUUGGACAAUAA